AUGCCUUCUUUAAGGAAUUCAUUCCUAAAUUCUAUCAACACAUCUUCCAUUGGUGAUUUUAUUAUUUCCGUCAAGAAAAUUAUUGGUCAUGGUAUCGCAACACCCUCAGAUUUACGUUUCAUAGCUGAUCGUACCUUACAGUGUGUUAAUAAAUUGAACCUAUCCCAAACUACUUCACUUUUGCACUCUUUUUCAAUUGUAAUCUAUCGGAAUUUUCAAGUAUUCACAUGUUUAACUGGCAGAAUUCGGUCCCUAUUGGAUUCUGAGCCUCCCUCAAUCUAUGAUACGAUCAAAAUCAUUAACUCUUGCGGAAGAUUGCAUUAUUCUGAUUCUGAACUGUUCAAAACGCUUUUAAAUUUUGUUAAAACAAACUUGGAUAAUAUUAAAGCAAAGGAUGUGGUUUCCAUUUUACACUCUCUUACAAAACUCAGGUACAAUGACCAUGAACUAUUGUCUGAGUUAUCCCUGGUUCCCCUCAAUGAUCUGACUCAAAUAAGCGAGGGUUCUUUAGCAAACUUUAGCAUCUCAACUAGUAAAAUUUAUACUGUUGAAAACACAGAAAAAUACGAAUUAUUGAAUGAGGGCGAAAAGAUACUUUCACAUUUGUUGCCUGAGAUUAAGUCUAGAGCGUCAAUUAGCUCUUCCCUAGAUAAUUUGAGACAUAUACUCGCUCUGUCAAAUAUGAAACACCUUCUAAAUAAUCAGGAGGAAUUGAAUGAGUGUAUCAGUCAACUAAUUAAAUUCAUUAAUCCAUCAGUUUUAUUUUAUGAACACUUGGUAAUACUUCUCGAGUGUUUUUCUAGAGUUAAUUAUACUAAUUUACACCUAAUUGAAAACAUACUUUCAAAUCUACUAAAUAAAAGAACUGAAGCAAAUUCGACACCUGAGCUCGAUUUGAGAAUACUCAGUUACCUAAAGUCAAUUACAUUAUCAACUAAGACUCAUGAAUUUUUAAUGAAACAAAUUUUGGAUAAUUUGUCAAAGAUUACUAAAAUACACCCUAGGCUCACCAACCAAACAUUUAGUUUAAUCAACUCGAUCAAUGUAAACCCAGACCCAUUUCUAAAGAAUCUGGAGACAUUUUUAGAAAAGAAGAUACCGAGAUUUGACCAAGAUACAAUUUCAAAAAUAAAAGAAUCAAUUCAGAGAUCAAAUACAAACUGGACACAACUAGAAUCAAUUAUAGAAAGCACCUAA